AAUUAUAUUUCUGUCUAUCUCCUCAGGGUCCCAGUGUAUUAUUCAAAUAUGUGGCAUUAUAUGCAGCUCAUCUGAUAAAGUCCAAUGCUUCAUUGUCAGCUCUUAAACUUUUCACUACAUGUGGGGCGCCUCCUUUACCUCAGAACUUUAACAUAUACAAGAGGCUCUGCAUGGAAGUGUUUGGAGAGAACCUUGAAGGAGGGACAGCGUAUCCAACCUACUCUAGUCUCAGGAAUAUGUUAUUCUCUAUUAGUUUAUUUUGGCAAUUGGCAGUUUGCAAGGGGAAUUACCAUUUAUCAAGAGGCAGUUGGAUUGGAAAGCAUGGCAUUUAUAUUCUACAACAGAUUCCUGGAUCUCAGUGAAGCUAUUGAAGAGGGUUCAUUGGAUAUGAUUGAUAACAGUGAUUUUGUUGAUACUGAUAUUCCAUUUGAAGUACCAUUGCCAGAACAACCUUUCAUGACAGAGGAUAAACAAGAAGAGAUUAAGGAAUGGGUACUGGCCCUCUCCAUGGACAGACAGGUGGAGCAAACACUACCACUUGAUGAUGAGAGACAGACUUAUGUUGCAUCACUGACAUCACCUCAUACUGGAGUCACUUCAUUACCUUGCAUUGUAACAGGUCCAGCACUAAGAUACAUGUACAUCUACCUUUGGCCAAAUAUCCUCUAG